UGGUACAUCAAUGGCGAUUCCCCCGUCGGUCGCGCAUGGCCUUGCGACGCAACCUCGAACGGCUACUGGUUUAUGCACGUGUAUGAAGGUACAAAUGGCUUCUCAUCCAGCAAUUUCGACCUCAAAUUUACACGCGUCGCGGAGAAGAUCUAUCUGGAUACUCAGUAUAAGGCAACCUCUGAGGCGAAAGGGCAUUUCGACAGCCGAGGAGCUCUUGGUGGUGUUUGCAGUGCAGGUGAGUGUAAUUGGGGGCUUCUACAAUCGAAGAAACCUUUCAAGAUUACACCUUCGAAGGUCUGA